AUGCAUAACGGCAGGCCGGCCAGUGAGAGCCGAGCGCUGUGGCGGAGGGUUCCGCCCACCGAGGUAUCUCCGAUCGCAGGGCAGACAGGCAGAGAGUGUAAAAUGGCGCACAGCUGUCGGUGGCGGUUCCCCGCUCGGCCCGGAGGGAGCAGCAACUCCGGUACCGGGAGGAGAGCGGGCCGAAUCCGGGUUACUGCCUCUUUGCGGAAUGUACCGGGAGCCCACCCGAACGCGGCCGGACUCGGACCCGGGUUUGACGCUGCACUACAGGUCUCCUCGGUUAUCGGGAGCAACCUGCAGAAAUUUCGGGAUGUUUUGGGGGAAUCGAGCGACUCGAGCAGCGCAGAGGAAGAGGCAUUUGGAGGAUUUGGCACAAUUACUGAACCAACGAGAAUACAAAGCCCUUCAGCAGCUUCUCCAGCAAGCCCACCAGUCCAGGAGAAGAAGCCCAGAGGUCGUCCCCCGCGGGCCCUUACUUCCCAGAAAGCUGCUUUUCCCUCACCCAUUUCCUCCCCGACACAAGCGAAACCUGAGGGUCCUGACAGGCCUGUGGAGAAGGUUAAACGGCUGCCUGGGAGACCGCCCAGCACUGGGGAGAAAAGGAGAGGGCGACCGCCUUCCUCUAAUAGCAAGAAAGUUUGGAGCACCGGCCACCAUGCGGCUGGGACAGACAGCAGGCAGACCGAGUUUGACCUGGGUCUGGAAACGGAGGAGGACAAGGACAGAAAAGGCAUCAAAAGGCUUCCGGCGGGCUCUGCUCAGUCUCAGGACUCGGAGGCAAAGCUCCCCAAAGGUGGGCGGGGUGAAUCCAAAGUUUCCAACUUGAAGAGGCUGACAGAGACUAAGAUUCCCCCAAUCAAGUCACGCCUCAAGACGUUGCCAGGUGUACCCCGACGUAGACGCGGGAGGCCGCCGUCAGCUGAACGUCUGAAGGCCGAAGCAGCAGCAGCAGCAGCUGCCGCCGCCGCGGCGGAGCUGUCUACCUCUAUGGAAGCCGGGGAGGGGAAACACAAAGCCUUCAGGGUACGAACUGGGGACAGAGACACAGACGCACACACGGCUCAGCAGCCAAUGCCGAGGAGCCCGGACGGUACGGAGGACAAAGACUCCUCCGACACACCUGCCUCCCCAUCUCCCUCCAAGUCAGGCAGGCCGGUAGGCCUCAGGAAAAGCCCUCGGCAUCGGAAGCCAGUCCGGAUCGUCCCGCCUUCCAAACGGACCGACGCCACCAUCGCCAAGCAGUUGCUGCAGCGCGCUAAGAAGGGAGCGCAGAAGCGGCUGGAGAAAGAAGCCAUCGGGGGCAACGGGGCCGCGGCCACUGAGGCGGGCAUCAGAAAAACCCAGCUGAAGAACAUCCGGCAGUUCAUCAUGCCCGUGGUCAGCACCGUGUCCCUGCGCAUCAUCAAAACUCCCAAACGCUUCAUCGAAGACGAGGGCAGUUUUGGAACCCCGCAGCCCCACGCCAAGGUGGCACGGUUAGAGACCCCCCCCUCGUCCGUCUCCACAUCUGCCCUGUCCACGUCUACCGCCUCCUCCUCCUCCCCCUCCACUGCACUUGUCUCGGUAACGUCAGCCGUCACUAGCAGCGGUACGAUCGCUCUUAUCGACUCCCUCCCUCCCCCGCCAUCUCCCGCCCCGGUCCCCUCUGUCCCGCCAACAACUGCCAGUCUUCUGAACAACAACGCCAACAGCGCAGCCAACGGGAGAUUCAGCAGUAGCGCUCCGUCUUGCGGCUCCAGUGCCGUGUCACAGCAUUCCUCUCAGCUCUCCUCUGCAGAGUCUUCCAGGUCCAGCAGCCCGAGUUUGGACGACUCCUCGUGUGACUCCCAGGCCUCUGAGGGCACGCAGGCACUGUCAGAGCCAGAGGAUCACUCUCCAUCCUCGCAGGGAGAGAGGGACCCCAACCUGUCACACAGCUCCCGGCCUCCCUCUCCUCCCUCUGAGCCCGAGCCAGAGCGCGUUUUGGCAGAACGGAGUCGAAGGGGCCGGAGAGCCCAGGGGGUCGGCCGGGGGAGUCAGAAGCAGCGGGUCAGAGAGCCUCUAACCACUGGAGCUAAAAAGCCGAUCAUCAGCCCCCCUACUGGAGUGCUGAUGUCCUCUUCCACUCUCGUAAAUUCCCAACAAGCUUCCUCCGCCGCCUCGUCUCCCUCCUCACCUCCACCUCCCCCUCUCCUCACUCCUCCACAGCCUUCCCAGUCAGGUUCCUCUAAUGCGGCCGUCAUCACUGAGCACCACCCGCAGUCAUCCUGGAUGCCGCACCCCAUCCCCCCCUUCAUGCCUGGGCCCUCAGUGCCGUCCAGCUUGUCGGAGAAACGAAGCCGCUCAAUUCUGAAAGAGCCCACAUUCCGCUGGACGUCCCUGUCGCACCCUAAGCAGCUGUACUUUUCCUCCGCCAAAUAUGCCAAGGAGGGCCUCAUCAGAAAGCCUAUAUUCGACAAUUUCCGCCCUCCCCCGCUCACCCCCGAAGACGUGGGGCUGUUGCCUCAAGGCGUCGCAGGAGCAGGAGGAGCCGCUCCCGUCGGGUUCCCAGCACAAGGCUCCGGGUCAGGGGCAGGGAAUCGUUUGUUCGCCCCCCUCCACGCCCACCCCCACCACCAGCACCCCUCCUCGUCUCGUUUCGACGCGCCCAUCCCGAAGCGCAGCCCGCUGCUUCGGGCUCCGCGCUUCACGCCCAGCGAAGCCCACUCCCGAAUAUUCGAGUCCGUCACCCUGCGGCCAUCCUCCGGCAGCCCAGGCUCCCUCUCCCCACGUCAGACCUCCUCCGGGUCCAGCAGAAGCCUGCGGCGCAGAAAACGGUUGGUCCCGGGAGCACAACGCGGUCACCCUCGCUCCCCGUCGCACUCCAUGACCAGACGCAGCAGCCAGAUGGGAGGCCGGAUAUCUGGGGGGAAAGGCGCCUCGGAGUUGUCUUUGAGGACGAGCUCUGUCAGCAGUAGUAACUCCGGGUCCAUGCCAGGGGUUUCUGUAAGUCCACAAGCCACUAGUGCCUUAACACCUGCUUCUUUCAGCCCCUUCCCCACCGCCCCUCGGGCUCUGGUCUCACAGGGAGCGUCCGAUAGCAGAAGGGGAGCGGCCGGAACCCCGUCUCCCAUGUCCACAUCCUCAGCUGCUUCUUCCCCGCUUUUCCCUCUCUGUCUUUCGAGUUCUCAGGACGCAGGGCGAGGUAAAGAGAAAAGCUCGUCGGCACCCCAAGAACUUGCCCCAAAGGACAAAGAAAGGGACUCUGAGAAAAAUCGGGAGAAAGAGAAGGAGAAUAAAAGGGAAGGGAGAAAAGAUUUGGAGAAAAGGAGUAAGGCAUCCACACCUGACGGCUCCCCCAACGCACCUUCCAGCCUGUUUACCGUGGAUGGGAGAGACUCAGAAGGUGCCCUUGCACCAAAAAAGACUCCAGGGAGAAAAAAAUCAACAUCAGCUGACACUGUUUCUGACCCAGCUUCUGCAGACGGGCGCGGGCUCCAUCCUAUUUCCAUCGCAAAAGGUCGCCUGAGUAAGAAAGGCAGACCCUCCGAGAAAAGCGCCGAGAUGGAGGAUGGUGAGAAGGAGAAAGAGAAACGAAGUAUUCCCAACCAGCAAACGGCAAACCUGCCCGCGCAGGCGGGGAGACAAGCGCUUUCUGAUUCGGUGGUGGUGAAACAAGCAGAGCAGCAGACUGACAGGCGUCUCGUGGGACUACUGAAGAAGGCCAAAGACCAGCUCAUCGCAAUAGAGAAAAAUAAGCUGAAGCCUGCAGAUCAGACUAAGGUCCAGGGUCAGGAGAGUGACUCGUCGGAGGCCUCAGUCCACGGUCCACGCAUCAAGCACGUGUGCCGACGUGCAGCUGUGGCUCUUGGCCGUAAGCGGGCAGUGUUCCCCGACGACAUGCCCACACUUAGUGCCUUGCCCUGGGAGGAAAGAGAAAAGAUCCUAUCUUCCAUGGGGAACGAUGAUAAGUCAUCAGUAGCAGGCUCAGAAGAGGCAGAGCCCCAGUCUCCUCCCAUAAAGCCACGAGAGACGCGGCAGAAGGCUGUUCAAGAAGCUCCCCCCAAAAAGGGACGGCGGUCCCGUCGCUGUGGCCAGUGCUCGGGCUGCCAGGUUCCAGAGGACUGUGGCGUCUGCACCAACUGUCUUGACAAACCCAAGUUUGGAGGACGAAAUAUUAAAAAGCAAUGCUGCAAGAUGAGAAAGUGCCAGAACUUGCAGUGGAUGCCCUCAAAGAUUCUUCAAAAGCAAGGCAAAGCCAAGAAGGACAAGAAAAAGAGCAAGUCAGACAAGGAGAAAAAGGAGUGUCUCAAUCCGGUGAAAGGACCCAAUGCGGAGGCCACUCCCGCGCCACCAAAGGAGGAUCCUCCUCGUAAAAAAAGUGAGACCCCCCCUCUAAAGCUGGGCGAGGAGAGGUCAAAACAGCAGCAGCCGCCGUCGAAACAAUCGUCUCCAGCUCUCACCUCGUCCCCCGUCCCAGCGGAGGCCGCUCAGGGCCCCAGCACGGGGGCCCAGGCUCAGCAACCCGCCCAGACGCCGGAGCCCAAACAGCUCCCGGCCCCGGGCAGCGCCACCACUAAAAAAGGGCAGAAACCUCAGCAGCCUAUACAAGCUCCCGUCUCCACGUCAUCCUCUUCCACUUCAUCGUCUUCAUCCUCCUCUUCCUCCUCGUCCUCCUCUUCCUCUGCGUCGUCCUCGGCCCAGAACUCGCCCUCUCAGUCCACGCAGUGUCAACAGCCUGCACCACAGCAGCAGCAGCGGCCACUCACCAGUCAGGCGCCUUUGAAAAGAGACGCCUCGCCUAAGAUUUCCCUGAGCGAACCCAAGAAGAAACCCCAACAGCACUUAACGCCACAGCAGAGCCCAACUCCAACAGCUGACUCAAAACAGACGAAGAAGCCAACUUCUCGCACUGUUCCCCUCUCACCGAAGCCGAAACCAAAAGAUAAGCCGCUGACCACGAAACCACCCAGCAGCAGUACUUUAAACUUGCAGAGCACUCCCUCGACUAGGGACCAGGUGAAGCCCAGAGCGCCCUGCGACGGAGUGCAUCGAAUCAGAGUGGAUUUCAAGAGGGACCAUGACGUGGAGAAGGUGUGGGAGGCUGGUGGCCUCAGCCUGCUCACCUCUGUGCCUGUCACACCCAGGGUGCUCUGCUUCUUAUGUGCAAGCAGUGGAAAUGUUGAGGUAUGCUGUGAACCAUUUCAUCUCUUUUGCCUGGGCGAGUCGGAGCGCCCUCUCCAGGAGCAGUUCGAAAACUGGUGUUGUCGCCGAUGCCGAUUCUGCCAGGCCUGCGGGCGCCAGCACCAGAAAGCUAAACAACAGCUGCUAGAAUGUGUUAAGUGCCGCAACAGCUAUCACCCGGAGUGCCUGGGUCCCAACUACCCUACCAGACCUACCAAGAAGAAGAGAGUCUGGAUUUGCACCAAGUGUGUGCGCUGCAAGAGUUGUGGAGCCACUAAACCUGGGAAGUCCUGGGAUGCCCAGUGGUCACAUGACUUCUCCAUGUGUCAUGACUGUGCCAAACUCUUUGCUAAAGGGAACUUCUGCCCGCUGUGUGAUAAGUGUCAUGAUGAUGAAGAAAAUGACAGCAAGAUGAUGGAGUGUGGCCGUUGUAACCACUGGGUUCACGCCAAGUGUGAGAAUCUUACAGAGGAAAUGUACGAAUUGCUGUCAAAGCUGCCGGAGAACGUCACCUACACAUGUACCAAAUGUACCGAGCGCCAUCCUGCCGAGUGGAGGACGGCGCUGGAGAGGGAGCUCCAGGGCUGCAUUCGCAAUAUUCUCAACGCACUGCUCAACUCGCGCACAUCCACACACCUGUUACGCUACAGACAGGCUGUGAAGCCACCAGAGCUGAAUCCAGAGACAGAGGAGAGUCUUCCAUCCCGCCGUUCACCAGAGGGCCCGGAUCCUCCAGUCCUCACCGAGGUGGCCCCCACAGCUCCCAGUGACUCCCCUUCAGACCUGGAAUCAGUCGAGAAAAAGAUGAAUCAGGGCUGUUACAAUUCAUUGCUGGAGUUCAGUGAUGACAUUGUGCGGAUCAUCCAGACGGCCCUCAGCGGUGACGGAGGCCAGCCUGAGAGCAGGAAAGCCAACAGUAUGGUGAAGUCUUUCUUCAUUCGGCAAAUGGACCGAAACUUCCCAUGGUUCAAAGUGAAAGAGUCCAGGUUCUGGGAAAGGCAAAAAGUCUCUGCCAACAGUGGGCUUCUCCCCAACGCAGUGCUGCCUCCAUCCCUAGACCACAACUAUGCACAGUGGCAGGAGAGACAGGAGCUUUCCCGCGCUGAGCACCCCCACUUAAUGAAAAAGAUUAUCCCAGCUCCCCAGGCCAAGAACCUCGGUGAACCGGAUUCACCAGCCUCCCCUCACCCUCUUCUACCUUCUCUACCUCCUCCACCCCCACUCCUACCAGAUCAUGAAGACGGCCCAGAGCUCCCUCCUCCGCCAGGUGUCACUGAUAACAGGCAAUGUGCCCUGUGUCUAAAGUAUGGAGAUGAGAACACUAACGAGUGUGGCAGGCUGUUGUACAUCGGGCAGAAUGAGUGGACACACGUGAACUGCGCGCUCUGGUCCGCUGAGGUGUUCGAGGAUGACGACAGCUCUCUGAAAAAUGUUCACAUGGCCGUGCUCAGGGGAAGACAGAUGCGCUGUGAGAAGUGUCAGAGGAAAGGAGCCUCGGUCAGCUGCUGCUUCACCUCCUGCAGCAAUAACUACCACUUCAUGUGUGCCCGUCAGUGCCACUGCGUCUUCUUGGAAGACAAGAAGGUUUACUGUCCAAAGCACAGGGACCUCAUCAGAGGAGAAGUAGUGUCUGGGUUUGAGGUGUCCCGUAGGAUCCUGGUGGACCUGGAGGGCAUUAGUCUCAGGAGGAAAUGGCUGGCAGGGUUAGAGCCUGAAAAUGUCCACAUGAUGAUUGGUUCCAUGACGGUUGAUUGUUUGGGAAUACUGACUGAACUCUCAGACUCCAAACGCAAGCUGUUCCCUGUAGGAUACCAGUGUUCAAGGGUGUACUGGAGCACUCUAGAUGCUCGAAAGCGCUGUGUCUAUACCUGCAGGAUAUUAGUUUGUCACCCCGCAGUGGCAGACUGUCACCAGAAAACCACGAUGGCUCCUGAGGAUAAUCGUACAAUUGCACACAGUCCACCUCCCAUAACAGAUUUUCCUGAUCCAUUUGAGUCACCAAGGCGUUCUGACACUCGUUCCCCUACCAACACCCCAAAGCUCAGGGUUUACACCAGAAACCGACACCCAAGCUAUCCGCCUUGUCAGCGCCCGAUAGGCCCCAGGCCUGUGCCAUCCUCAGGGGGUACUUCGCAGCACCAAAGCCAUGAGAUUGUGAGUGUUGGAGACUCCCUGGUAAACCCUAGCAUGCGGACUGUGGACUCAAGGCGUCACAGCUCCCCUUCUCUCUCUCCUCCCCCCUACCAGCUGAACAGACAGAGAGGUGUGACGUCCGCACCUCAGAUUUUCUCACGACCCCUAACCUCACCCCCACCCCUCAUCCCCUCUCCUGCAAGAGACCCAGAAAAGUCCAAACACCACAGCAAAGACUCAAAAAGUCCAGUCCGCAGGGAGGAUGAAAGAAGCCGAUCGUCAUCUACCGACAAAAACAAACAGCAGCCAAUCAGAGACCAAGGCCCGAGAGAUGCGGACAAGGGGAGGUCUUCAAGUCGAGACCAUGGUUCCAGGGACUCUGAUAGGAGUAGAUCAUCCAGAGAUGUUUGCCAGAAAGAGUCAGACAAGGGAGAAAUAUCAUCCAAAGAGCCAGAAAAGAAGAAACAUUCAAGUAAAGACUCAGGUUUGAGGGACUUGGAGAGGGGGCGACCUCUCAGUAGAGAACCCUCAAGAGAUUCAGAAAAAGGAAAACAAGCUAGCAGAGACUCUGACAAAGGAAGACAAACCAACAGAGAGUCAAGCUCAAGAGAAACGGAUAAGAGUAAAUCAUCUUCUAGAGAUCCCAGCUAUAAGGACAUGGACAAAGGAAGGCAAUUCAGCAGAGAUUCUGAAAAACACAAGCACCAUGGCAGAGACACAGGGAGAGACUCAGGCCCAGGUAAAGACAGACCUUCCAGCAGAGACUCUGACAGAGGCAAGCCCUCCUCUAGAGACUCCAGUCACAGAAGCACGGAGCGAAGCAAAGACUCUCGCUCAGGCAAGGAUAGCGUUGCUAGUAAUGCUCAGUCCAAACAGGCUGGAGGUGAAAGUAAGAACUCCAGACUGGCACCUGCAGGCUCGGGCCACUCAUCCCCUCCACUGGGUACUGCCGUUCUCUCAGGUCAGCAGAGAAGUGGCAGCACCAAGUUGGCCGACAAGCAAGGGAAACAUGGAGGGAAAGACCAGGACGUUUCUGCGGGCCUCAGUUUGUUGCCUCACCACCGGUCUGCCCCCACUUCCAACACAAUCCCAUGCAAGGACAAGUCCAGCUCAGGGAAGGAAAGUAGCAGUAAUACAGGAAACACAGUGCCCUCUUCACUCCAUAAGGACGGUGUUGUUGGAAAGUCUGGCUCGCCACAGAAGUCCAGUGCGUGGAAAUCAAACGAUUACACAUCUGGUUCAGUCCCGGCAGCAGCUGCAAAGCCUCUGUGGCCGUCGAGGACGUCGGCAGAUGACGACGCUGUCAAACGGGCACCCCUGCAUCUGGCGUCCCCAGCUGCAGCCUCAGCUGCCAAAGAUAAACACUCCAAAGUUAAGACCGCAGGCAGCAGAGAGGCGUCCAAAGACCGAGAUAGGGAGAAGACCCUUCAAAACAGCAACAACAAGAUACCACUUCUUAACAAUAACACAAAAGCCACAGGCAGCUCUAACACGCACGCUCCAAACUCCGGCUCGUACAACAACAGCAAUAGCAAAAAUCCAAUGCUGGGAAACAGCUCCAAGGCUCACGGGAAGGCUCUGGGAGAGAAGCUGGAGAACACGGGAGGGGAAAGGUCGUCCUCAAAGAUCAGGGACAAUUACUCCUGUCCAGAAAGGAAGAACAGCUCUAGCUCUAGUCUGGACAGUCUACUACAGCAGACCAGCUCAGCUUUGGAAAAAGAUGGAAAGACCUCUACGCAAUCUCUGUCUAAACAGACAACCAAUCAGCUUCCAUUUUCCUCCAGAGAGAAAAAGAGAUCCGUUAAGCCUUCUGCUCCAGCUCCGCUGAAGACUGAUAUCUCGACCGAUCCUAACGGCACCGGUACUAUUGGUGGCUUGUCUUUGUCCUCCUGUCCCACAAGCACGGCCUCCACCGUCUCUCCUGCUGGACAGGGGACCCACCGGUCUGCACGCCCCGCUCUGUUCUCCUCGCCGUCUCCCAGCAGCAGCGAUAGCUCCGAGUCCGACACCCAGACGCAGACGGAGGAGGACGAACUGCACAAAGAGCUGUCGCGCAGCGACCUCCGAGACCCCCGCGGCCUCCUGGCGCAGUGCACCGAGGACGAGGGGGACGGCCCGGAGGACGAGCACGACCGAGGAAUGGAGGACAAGCACCACGAGGACGACAGCGACGGGUCGGGGUCGGCCAAGCGGCGCUACCCUCGACGCAGCGCCCGUGCGCGUUCCAACAUGUUCUUCGGCCUCACCCCGUUUUAUGGGGUUCGCUCGUACGGCGAAGAGGACCUUCCCUUCUACAGCAGCGGCGACGGAGGGGCGGCCGUGGUCAAGAGGCGGAGCGGCGGCCGCAAGAAGUCAGCCGAGGGGCAGGUGGACGGAGCAGAUGACAUGAGCACAUCGUCUUCAUCGGGGGACAGCGGAGAGGAUGAAGACAGAGGAGGGAAACACAGGAGCAAAGACCCGUAUUACUACAACUUCACCCGAACAGUAAUUAACCCUGGUGAGGGGCUCCCGUCCAUCGAAGGCUUAGACCAGUGUCUGGGACGGGGAUCUCAGCUCCAGCGUUUUCUGAAAGACGAGGAGCAGCAGCAGCAAAGGGCUCAAGAAAAAGCCGAGGAGGACAUGCUUAGUGCUUUAACCCUUGGUAAGCCGCGGAUCGGCCAGCUUGAUGGCGUCGAUGAUGGCUCAGAGAGCGAUACCAGCAUCUGCACCACCAGCACCACAACCACUACAGCCACCGCCUCUUCCACCCCACACAAGAGCGCCCCUAAGAGGAGGGGCAGAGACAGGCACACCGAGAAGCCCGAAGCGCACGACUCAGGCAAGGAGGCCGACGGCGCUGGAGGAGCAGUGAGUGGCAACACACGCGAAAGCAAGAAGAACCAGAAGGAAAACUGUCUUCCUAUUGGAGGUGGGGGCAAGUCCCAGCCACAAAGUCAGGGUCAAGACCCGAUCGAGGCCCAGCUGUCUCUCAGCACAGACCUGCUCAAAUCCGACUCUGACAACAACAACAGCGACGACUGUGGGAACAUUUUGCCGUCGGACAUCAUGGAGUUUGUCUUAAACACGCCCUCCAUGUCGUCGUCCUCCGAGCUGCUGCUCACCGAGGGCUACGUUGGAGUAGAUGUCAGCAGGCGUAAAGACAUGCUGUUCAAUGAUUUCUCCCAGCCGCUGUCCAGCGCCGAAGGGGGAGCGGUCGGAGAGAGUAGUGUCAGUAGCUCCAUAUCUGUAGAAGAGCCAUAUCUCCCCCUGGAGCUGCCCUCUGACCUCUCUCUCCUGACCACUCGCAGCCCGACCGUCAGCACAAGUCAGAACCACUCGACUGGGAGUCUCAUCUCAAAUACCUCAGACCGCUCUAUUCUAGGCCUGAACUCUGACCCCGAGAACAUCGCUGGAGAGAAGAGCGGCAACAAGAAAAGAUCUGGUCCAGGUGUGUCUCCAUCAGAGAGCCAGCAUGGCGGUCCAGCUUUGGGCAACAGGGACACGGACGGUCACAUGACCCCUGAGCAGUUCAUUCCCAGCCCCGCCAUCGGUCAAGGGGUUGAACCUCCAGCUAAUCAGGAUGUGCCCCGGAGUACUGCCACUCCCGUUUUGCCGAGUUCUCCCUCAAUGCCUCUUCAGAGUCAGAAGUUCCACCCAGCAUCAGCAGCAGCCGCGGGAAGCCCCAGUCCAGUGCCUGGCCCCGGACCUUCUCAGGCUCAGGUGUCCAGCCCGCCGGUCAUCAAACCAGCCCCUGACAAGCUCAUCGUGGUCAAUCAGCAGUUCCAGCCUCUGUAUGUCCUUCAGACGGUCCCUAACGGUGUCACCCAAAAAAUAAGCGCCACAGGAGUGAUGGACACUUCCUCUCCUGCGGUGCUGAGCCCCAUGACACUUACCACGGGUCUGAAUGCUGGUUUAUCCCCAGCCCAGCAAAUAUUUCCUGCCAGCGGGAAAGUGCUCGGCACUAUACCUCACCCGUCUCAGAUCCACACCUUCACAGGAGCCACGCAGGCAAGCUUCCAGACAGGAAUCCCCAGCACCACCUCCGGCCUUCUCAUUGGCCUGCCCUCUCAGCCCCACGACCAAUCCCAGAUUCUGGUGUCAGAAGCUGGCAGACCACGCGAGUUGGGUCCCAGUGUUGCCAUAGUUUCCAGUCCCUCUUCCCUGACAUCUUCCCCAGCUGUGCUGGCCUCAGCUCACGGAAAGAAAAGGCCGAUCUCCCGUCUGCCGAGGAAAAGCAAAAAGUUGGCUCGCUCCCGCAGCCAGCCCACUCUGGCUCCUUCAGACGCUGCCCCCCCCAACAUGACGCUCAUCAACCUGUCCUCCCAACAAAUUACCGCGAGCAUCCCAGGUCAACCGGGUGGCCUGGUUGAGUUGAGCUCCCUCUCCGCUUCACAGCGCAAAGUCCCCAAUAUUAUCAAGAGGCCCAAAUCCGCUGGGGUUAUGUACCUGGAUCCCACUUCCCUCCUACAGCAGAGGAUUCCUGUUUCCACACAGUCGGGAAUCUUGGGUCACGACUCGGCUCAUCUCUUACCUUGCACUGUCUCUGGCCUGAACCCCAGUCAGUCCGUGUUGAACGUUGUGUCUGUCCCCCCUAGUGGAUCCGCAGGCCUUCUUGGACCCGGAACAAUGUCCCUCACCACUCCUGUCCUCAGCUCGGCUGAGAUCACCGGCUCCAUCAGCAGCCUCCUUUUCAAAGCUGCUCCGCAUGGUUUGGGCCUGUCGGAUCAGCAAGUGGUUCUCCAGUCAGCGGGAGGCGCUCCUCUGAUGUCACAGCUCGGCUCCUCCGUUCAGACAUCCAUAGCCAGCAGCAUCUGUGUCCUUCCUACUCAACAGACCAUCAGCAUGGCGGUUAACCAGCAAGCGGAGACGGAGGGCAAUAAUGUCCACUUGCAGCAUCAGCCCCAGCCUGUCGGGACACCUCAGAACGUGGACCCCAGUCCAAACUCUGCUCUAUCGUCCAGCCUGUCCACCUCUCUAGGUCCUGCCAAGGGACGCGUUCUUGGAAAGUUCAAGCAAACACACGCCCCUCCACAUUCCCAGAGCAGUAGAACCAUGCCAAUUCCCCGAUCAGCAGAGCAGAGAGCAGUUAACUCCACCGCAGCAGCGUCAGGGACACUUUCGGGAACAGAGAAAAGCAAACAGAAGGCGAAGAGGAGCAGGCAGAGUCCAGACGUGAGCAGCGGUAAAAAGCUCAAAGCCUCCCAGGCAGAGGACCAUCGCAGCAGCUCUGCUGGGCAGCUCCCGCCUUCAAAUCCAAGCUCCAGGGAGCUGAGCUCUCCUGAGCCUAUGGAUACGGGCAAGCCUCCAGACAAAGUGACCAAUAAGGGUGUCCUUGGCAAAAAGAAGACCAUGGAAGGACACGUUCUGCCAGGGAGAGUAGUGGGAAAAGACAAAUUACCUGCAGCUGGAGGUGCAGGGGCGCUUUCCUUGGAUUCACCACCCAACCAGGAUGGCAACAGCAGGGAGUCUGGCUCGGAUAGCAAACCCAAAAAGGGCAUCAUCUUUGAAAUCUGCAGUGAGGAUGGCUUCCACAUCCGCUGUGAGAGUAUUGAAGAGGCCUGGAAGUCCCUGACUGAUAAAGUGAAAGAAGCUCGCUCCAACGCACAACUCAAAGAGCUCUCUUUUGAAGGUGUGAACGGCCUGCGGAUGUUGGGAGUCGUCCACGAAGCCGUGGUCUUCCUGCUGGAACAGCUGUACGGGUCCAGGCACUGCCGUAGCUACCGUUUCCGCUUUCACAAACCCGAAGAAUCGGACGAACCACCGCUAAACCCCCACGGAUCGGCCCGUGCAGAAAUCCACCACAGGAGGUCCGUGUUCGACGUCUUCAACUUCCUGGCAUCAAAACAUCGUCAGCCACCUGAAUACCAGCCCCAGGAAGACGAGGAGGAGGAAGGGCAGCUCAGGUCUGCGAGGCGCGCCUCCAUGGAGCUGCCACUCACUGCGAGGUUCAAACAGCUGAAAGCCACCUCGAAGGAGACGGUCGGGGUUUACAGGUCUCCUAUUCAUGGCCGGGGUCUAUUCUGCAAGAAAACCAUUGAAAAUGGGGAGAUGGUCAUCGAAUACUCUGGAACUGUCAUUCGGUCCGUGCUCACUGACAAGCGGGAGAAGUACUACGAUGGAAAGGGGAUUGGCUGUUACAUGUUUCGCAUCGAUGACUACGAGGUGGUCGACGCCACCGUGCACGGCAACGCCGCUCGCUUCAUAAACCACUCCUGCGAGCCCAACUGCUUCUCUCGGGUCAUCACUGUGGACGGCCAGAAGCACAUCGUCAUCUUCGCCUCUCGCCGCAUCUACUGUGGAGAGGAGCUCACGUACGACUACAAGUUCCCCAUCGAGGACGCCAGCAACAAGCUGCCCUGCAACUGCGGUGCGAAGAGGUGUCGCAAGUUCCUCAACUAA